AUGAGUUCACCCUUCGAUAUCAACGGUGGCGCCUGCGUCGCCAUGGUAGGCAAGGACUGCGUUGCAAUUGCCUGCGAUCUCCGACUCGGCAUGCAGGCCCUGACCGUCUCCAAUAACUUCCCCAAGAUCUUCAACUACAGCCCAUCGACCUUCCUCGGCCUGACCGGCCUGGCGACUGAUGUCUCGACCGUCUCAGAUCUCUUCCGCUACAAGGUUAACAUGUACCGCCUGCGUGAGGAACGGAACAUAGCACCUCAAACGUUGGCCAACCUGGUCAGUUCGUCACUGUACGAGAGGAGAUUUGGACCUUUCUUUGUCAGUCCCGUCGUUGCGGGUAUAAACAGCACAACUGGCAAGCCAUUUAUCUGUGGCUUUGAUAGUAUUGGAUGUAUCGACUUCGCAAAGGAUUUCAUUGUCAGCGGGACAGCUAGUGACCAGCUGUUUGGUACCUGUGAGAGUUUAUGGGAGCCGGAUCUGGCCCCCGAGGACUUGUUCGAAACCAUUUCCCAGGCUCUCCUCAGUGCUGUGGACAGAGACGCACUCUCCGGUUGGGGUGCCCAGGUGUAUAUCAUAGAGAAAGAUAAGGUGACUAAGCGGCUACUCAAGGGAAGACAAGAUUAG